CGAGAGAGCGAGAGAGAGAGAGAGGGACGUCGAGCGCGACAUUUCGCAUGCUCAGAACUCCACAGGCUGGAGCGGCGGCAGCAGCAUCAUCGCGCAGCAGUAGUGUGUUCGCAGCCGGGUUCGUCGCGGUGCGUCUCUCCCUCUCUCUCUCUCUCUCUUUCUCUCUGUGUACAAUACGCACUCAGCGCAGCCCCCCGAGUGAGCGCCUGUGUGUGCACUGUGCGUGUGCCUACAAUACGUACUCCACAUUCGCCGCAGGACGGAAGAAAGAGCAGCCGCGGUCCCCUCGCUCUACCUUUUUUUCUCUCUCUCUCUCUCUCUCCUUCUCUCUCCUGUGACGAGCCUUUGUGCGCGAGUAUACACGCGACGCGGCUCCGCAUCCAGCGCGCAGCGGCAGCGAUAUAGUUAUUAAUCUCGCAGGAGAAGAGAGAGAGAGAGAGCGAGUACACACAAACGCAGAGUGCGCGGUCCUCCCGCGCGCGCCACGAUCGAUCCUCGAAGGACACGGAGUCCUGGAGAUCGGAGUUGGUGCUGGAAGAGCACAACCCUUCGAUUAUACACGGCACGGCAGCUCUCGAUUUCGCCAUGUGAGCCGCCGCCAGCAGCAGCGGAUACAGCGAGCGCCAGUGUCAGUUCUAGAACACGCAGUGUGUAUGUGCGCGUUUAACGUGUGUGAGAGAGAGAGAGAGAAAGAGGAAGACCCCCUCUGCAGCGCGGCGCGAUAAGAAGAAGCCCCGCCAAGGAGCGAGUGGAGAGAGGAGAGUGUGUAGAGGAUGUGCCGCAGGUGCGAAGCGCGGGAGGAGGAAGAGCCCUUACACAGCGGCGCCUUACGCUGCUCCAUUUAGUACACGUCCGCAGCUCGUCGAUGUGAUCUAUCCUCUCUGUACACGUACUUAUAUAUACUCGCGCGUGUGUUCUGUGCGUCGAUCUCCCGCGCGGGGACACCUCUCUUUCCGCGAGUUUAUUUUUAUUUUUAUUUUUUCUCGAUCCCGCACCGCCGUCGCUGUAUAUUGCGCACUAUAUAUAUAUAUAUACUCGCACGCAUUGCAAUACACAGCUCGUGCGCGCGCGGGAGGCUGUAUAGUCAGCGGCGCUGCUGCGCGAAGUGUUGUCGGAGCUUUCUGCAACGGGACCGUGACAAGCUGCAAGCAGGAGUGAUAUGUUAACCGAAGACAAUGACCCGACGAAACCGGCAGGGGUUCUAGACAAUGCUGGCAGCGUGUCUUCGUCGACGGAGGCCUCGAUACAGCACCCACGCAGCGCAAACAAUGAAGCAGAAGUUAAGAAUGAGGUGCAGGACUGCCCGGAGACGGAGAGCGUGCCGGGAGGCGAGCUGUACAUCGACGAGAACGCGGAGGAGAAGGAGCACGAGUAUCCGGACUCGAUGGAGAAGGCCGACUACGGCUCGCUCUACGGAGCCAAUCCUUUCUACAAUAGCCUGUACAACUCGCCGUCCUGCGGGAGCACAGCCGUCUCGAAGGGCUCGUCGUCCCUGCAGAGCUCGUAUCUAGGCUCCUACACGGCGCCGAGCUCGAUGACGCAGUACUCAUCUUACCCGGGCUACAACAGCGGCUCCGCCAGCUUUCCUACCGUCCCCCAGAACAUAUCCGCAGCCUCUCAGAAGCUCGACUACACGGCCUACAGUACCUCGCUCUACGGAAACGACAGGGUACCGUUGCAGUAUUCCAGCUACUACCCCAUGCCCGGCUACCAUCCGACGCCGACGUCCUUUAAUAUUAGUAAUUUAAAUUUCGUCGAUUCAACGAAAUCGGCGCUGACGCUGGACGCGACUGCUCACGAUACAAACGAUCUGACCGCGAGGGAGACCGCAAAUGUCGAAGGUGGCAGCGCGAAGCCCUGCAAGCGCGGACGCCGGCAGAGCGGAAGCGGAAACAGUAUUGGCUCGGCGGACACGACGGAGGCCGGGCCCGACCGGAUAUUCAUCUGGGACCUCGACGAAACCAUAGUCGUCCUGCAGUCGCUCGUCAGCGGUCAGUUCGCCACGACUUACAACAAGGACCCGACGAUACUCGCCCAGCUCGCUUACAGGAUGGAGGAGAUCGUCUUCUACCUGGCGGACACGCACUUCUUCUUCAACGACAUCGAGAGCUUGCGCUCGCAGGAGUGCGACCAGGCGCACAUCGACGACGUCUCGUCCGACGACAACGGUAUGGACCUGUCCUCGUACAACUUCGCCAACGACGGCUUCCACUGCGAGGCUGCGAGCAACGGCAUCUGCCUGCCCUCGGGUGUGAGGGGUGGCGUCGAUUGGAUGCGAAAGCUGGCCUUUCGCUAUCGCAAGAUCAAGGAGACGUAUUGCAACUACCGGAACAACGUCGGCGGACUGCUCGGCGCGACGAAGCGCGAGCACUGGCUCAACCUCAGGGCCGAGAUCGAGCAGCAGACCGAGAACUGGCUCACCGUUGCCGUCAAGUGUCUCAGCCUCAUCGGCAAGAGGAGCCACUGCGUCAACAUACUCGUCACCUCGGAUCAGCUCAUACCCUCGCUCUCCAAGGUCCUGCUCUUCGGCCUUGGCGGACUCUUUCCCAUAGAGAACAUCUAUUCGGCUAACAAAACCGGCAAAGAGAGCUGCUUCGGCAGGAUCAUGGCGAGAUUCGGACGCAAGUGCACAUACGUCGUGAUAGGCGACGGCUCGGACGAGGAGGCUGCGGCGCGCUUUCACAAUUUUCCCUUCUGGAGGAUAAAGAGCCACUCGGACAUGCAGGCGCUAUACAACGCCCUCGAAAUGGACUUCCUCUAACGUGACCCGCCUCAAAGGAGCGGCUGCCGUGGACUUGAAAAGCCUGCGGCGAUGGAUACCUAUUGGAAGAACUGCAUAGUAUAUAUAAGAUAAAUACGAGCGAGCGCCACGCGCGCUGAUUUAGUUGCAAUUUCAUUAUGACUUGCUGAAUUCGAAGUACAAAGGUUUUGCUGAUCGCCUAUUGUUUUCUUACGUCUUGAGCGUAUGGUCCGACAGGACGAGGCGAGGUUGACGACUUUUCGAGAUCGUGGUUUCGACUGAGCAAAGUGAGUGCUAAGUUUUUCAAACUGAAACAAGUUAUCGAAAUCGAGAUCUCGUCAUCAGCGUUGCCGAAUGGUAACAAAGCUCUUGAUUUCCAUGAUAGGCUUAAUAUUGCCGACCACUUCAAGUAUUAUACAGUCGACGGUCAUUAAAAUUUAACAUUUUAUAACGAGUAUAGAGGCACUUGUGAAACGCGCGAGCGGAUAUUCAUACAAAGAGCUCAAACGAUCCAAAGAGGCGUUGGAUUUGAACGAUCGAUCGACCUCGUUUGCGUAUAGUUAUAUUCCUAAAAAAAAAAAUAAAAUUAUUUAACGUACAACAUGUGUCGAUAAGUUAGGCGGUAAAGAGAAAAUUGCGUUCUGCGGGUUUUCAAGGCCUGCACGUAUGUAUAAGGCAGGUACGGUCAAAAAAAUUGAGAGAAAGAGUUUUAUUAAUCGUCAUGAUGGUCGAUUGUGGACCAGCCCAGGGUCUGUAAAAGUGAUAACGUGAAAGUAAAACUGAAAGUGAAAAAGGAGAUUUAUAUAUUAAGGGAAUUUUCUAAAUGAAUGACAAAAAUAUUAGCGAGCUUCUAUACUUGUGUAUGUGCAUGAAAUAAGCGAGAACAUAGUUGGAUGAAAAAAGGUUUAAGUGAAAUUACGUCUAUCCAAGCGAGUUGUCUUUAAUAGCACGUAUUGUGUACUUAAGAUGUUAACAAAGCAUUUAUUGAAUCAAUUAUUUUGUCAGUGCAAUCGUGCGCUAUAUUAUAUGUAAUCUAGAUUUCUCUGUGAUUCUUUAAGAUAUUUUCAAUUCGACAAUUAUUCUUCUUGUGUUGAACAAAAAUUAUUCUUUUUUUUAUUGGCGAGUUUAAAUACUAAAAUAUUAAUGUAAAGCUCUUAUUUUAUUUUAGUUUUCAACGCGUGGGUGUAUAAUAACGUUUUGUACUGUACCAUGCAAAGCAACAUUCCGUAUGAUGUAUGCACAAAAAAUUUUUAUUUACAACAUUCUUGGACAUGAUUAAGUGAUAUAUAUAUUUUUCUUCAACGAACGUGCAUGAAUAUUUAUUGGACGCUAUAGAAAUAUCAAAAAUAAUUUUAUGCAGUUAUUGAUGAAGUAUCACUAAAUGCAUGGCAACUGAUCAAAGAGUUAGUAUACUAUUGUUAUCUUUUAAGUUUAUCAUUCCAAAAUACUAAUUUCUUAUGAAAUAAAAACGAUUACUUAUAAAGGCAUUAAAACUUCUGAGUUACUGAAAUUAUCAUUGAGAAAAUAAACUAGUCAGCGAUUUAACACGAAGAAAAAAACGGAUGGCCUAAUUCACUUUCAAAAUUGAUUUUUUUAUUACUUUGUUAUAAAUAAUUCUUUUAAUCUUUUUGAUGACUGUAGAAGGUCAAAUAUUACUCAUUAUUUCAAAUUUAUUCACCGCUCAGUAGACGUAAUAGUUCAAUGAUUUAGUUGUACUCGUUUAAAAUACGACUUUUUAACGUAUGCACUGAUCACUCGACAAUGAUUAAUUGAUUGAUUGAUUUAAGAAAAUAUGAAUUCAAUUGUUGCUAACCGAAUUCAAAAUAAAAAUUAUUCGUUUGGAU